AUAAAAAAAAUCCCCAAAACGACGACGCUUCCGUUGAGAGUAAACUGAUGAAACGAAUAUGAAAUAAAUUGUUCAGUUAAGAGCUUUCAUCGGAGAAGAAAGAAGAAGAAGAAAAUGCAGGACGACUCGGCCGUGUCGAGCCCCGAGUUCCGAGUGGGCCAGCGAGUCCACUCAGCGAACGAUCCAAGAAGAAUUGGAACGGUGAAGUACGUGGGGACCAUAGAGGGCCACGCUGGCGAGUGGGUCGGGGUGGACUGGGACACCGGAGAAGCCAAGCACGACGGAUCCGUCAACGGGAUCCGAUACUUUCAGGCCGGGUCUGAUCGGUCCGGGUCGUUUGUUCGGGCCAAAGUGAUUAGCCCGGGGAUUUCGGUGGUAAGAGCUCUGGAGCUCAGGUACCGAACCGAUUCGACGAAAGAAGAGGAAGAUGAAAUGUAUGUAUUUUCAGCUAGCAAUAAGCGUGUAUCAGUUCAACUGGUUGGUAAAGAUAAAAUUCAAGACAAGCUAAGUCGAUUUGAGGAGUUAACUGGUGCAUCACUAUCUUAUUUGGGUGUUAGUACUCCUGGAGACCCUGGUCAGAUUGGUACCGCUGUGCCAAAUUUAAAGGAGCUUGACUUGACCGGAAAUUUGCUAUCAGAAUGGAAGGAUGUUAGCACCAUCUGUGAGCAGUUACCAGCUCUUGCAGCCCUCAACUUAUCUAACAAUUUAAUGUCUUUAGAUAUUUGUGGGCUGGCACAGCUAAAAAGCAUCCGUAUUUUAGUCUUAAACGAUACUGGCAUAAAGUGGACACAGAUUGAAAAACUUAAACAUUCACUCCCAGCAAUUGAAGAACUACAUCUAAUGGGGAAUAAUAUCAGCACAAUAGAGCCUACAUCAUCCUCUGUAGUUCAGGGAUUUGAUUCUCUGCGGCUUCUGAAUUUGGAAGAUAAUUGUAUAGCUGAGUGGGAUGAAAUCUUAAAGCUUUCUCAGAUAAGAGGCUUGGAGCAGCUUCAUUUGAACAAGAACAAUUUGAACCGCAUCUACUAUCCUCAUAACACUAGAAUACAUGAAUUUCUUGGUGGUAAUGAAUCACAGAAAGAAAGAAAGCUAUUCACAAAUUUGCGUUGUCUUCUUCUGGGAGGUAACAAUAUCGAGGAUCUCGCCUCUGUUGACGCGUUAAAUUCAUUUCCUAAAUUGGUGGAUAUCAGGCUUUCCGAGAAUCCAGUAGCUGAUCCCGGAAGAGGAGGAAUUCCAAGAUUUGUUUUGAUUGCACGUUUAGCUAAAGUUGAAAUACUAAAUGGGAGUGAGGUAAGCCCUCGUGAAAGGAAAGACUCUGAGAUUCGGUAUGUUCGUUUAAUUAUGUCCAAGUUGCAUGAUCCUCAAGAAAUCAAACAAGUGCAUCCCAGGUUUGCUGAGCUUAAAAUUUUUCAUGGAAUUGAGGAUGAAAGGCCAUCCAUUGGAGUAGCAAGCCUACAAAAAAUGGCUUCAGGACUAUUAUCUAUCACUUUGAAAUGUGUGGGAGCAACCAUGGGCGAGAAGCCUCCAUUGACUAAGAAAUUGCCAGCAACCACCACGGUUGGGAAGCUAAAGAGUCUAUCUGAAAGCUUUUUCAAGUUGAAGUCUAUCAAGCUUAAAUUGUUUCUUCAAGAAGAGGGUUCUCCUUUACCGAUAUUGCUUGACGAUGAAAUGGAAUCUUUGAUGGACCUUGGAAUUGGGAAUGGGUCAACCAUUCUUAUUGAUGAAGAGAGUUGACAAAGAAGUAAUGUCGCACAAUUAAUAUACUUAUAGAGAGAAUAUUACUUUAUGUGAAUUUCUGCAAUUUCUCCACUUGUUGAUGCAUGUAAUGCAUACUAUGGUUUGCUCAAAAAAAUUUGUUUAUACUUUGAUAGGUGUUCUGUGCAGAAAGUCUGCAUAACCAGACAGAACAUGUCUCUGUAAAAGCUGGUAUCAUGGUGUUCUAUUGUAUUGUCAGAAUUGUGCAGAAAGUCUGCAUAUCGAUGAUUAGAUGCAGGUUGAAUUUACAAACAUGAAGCAGCUUACUCAAAAA